AUUGCCUGCCUGGUGCCUGUGGAUCAGUUUCAGCUUUACCAGCGGUUAAAAUUUGAACGAGAAGUCCACCUGGACCCCUACCGAACAUGGUGCCCUGUGGCAGACUGUCAAACGGUGUGCCCUGUUGCCUCCAGUGACCCGGGACAGCCUGUGCAGGUGGAGUGCCCCUCCUGUCACCUGAAGUUCUGCUCCUGUUGCAAGGAUGCUUGGCACGCAGAAGUCUCCUGUAGAGAUGGUCAGCCCAUCGUCCUACCAACAGAGCACGGGGCCCUCUUUGGGACAGACGCAGAAGCCCCCAUUAAGCAGUGCCCUGUUUGUCGGGUUUACAUCGAACGCAACGAAGGCUGUGCUCAGAUGAUGUGCAAGAAUUGCAAACACACGUUUUGCUGGUACUGUCUCCAGAACCUGGACGACCCACUGUGUACCCCUGGGGUGCACCUAAGCUUGUUUGAGAAGCAUGGACCUAUGGCUGAGCUCACUGAAGAAGGUCUGUGGCAUCAUCUCCUGGAAAAAGAAGGCUCUUCGAAGGUGAACUGAUACAGAGCCAUUAAGUUUGCGCUGUGUCUGCAGGCAACACUUGGACUAAAGUAGACGAAGGUGAUUUCUUCUGAAAUCUCUCUGUACAGCCACGUCUAUCCAUCGUCUAUCCAU